GCAUUUCCUCGUCAAUCAGUGUCGACCAGUCAGUUCCUCAUCACCACCACCAUGCAAGUGUUUCGUGCUCUCCAAGUGUUAGUGCUUCUCAUCUUCGUCGCCUUCACUCAGGCGAAAACCGAGGAAUCUCCGAAAAACGCCACAGAAGAAGCCUCCAAAUCCCUCGAUCCUACUUUAGUGCAACCCGACGACCAAACCGACGCCAUCCGCAAAAAGAAAUCAGCUACUACCACCCUCUGCGUCGAAAUCAGGCCCAGCGGCCCCUACCAGCGGCCCUUCCAAAUUUGCGAACCCGCCGAGUCCAAACCAUACGCCGCCCCAGCUCCUCAAGGCUACUACCCCGCCCCGGCUUACGAAGAGGUCAAGCCCGCCGCCACCCCCAAGCCCGCUCCCGCCUACGAAGCGCCCGCCAAGGUCUACUCCGCCCCCGCAAAGCCUACCUCAGCCCCGGCCUACGGUUCAUCAAAGCCCUAUGCCGCCCAUUCACCCUCUUCAUACAGCUCAGUCUCCUACCGUUCCGACGAUGGCAUGGCGGAAAUGCCCGAAGAAGAGGAAGAGCAUUCCGAUGAGCUGAUGGACCACGCGAGAUCUGCAGGGCAAGAGUACGGACUACCCAUGACCUACCUCCAACCGGCCUUGAAGCACAAGGCGAAGAAGGGCCACAAUGGGUUGGUUAUCACGUGCCAACCAUCUUUGGCGGGAUAUGCCGCCACGAUUCCUAGUCAUGGUCCCAGCUACGGUGCUGGACCCUACGGUGGUGGAAAUAUGGGAGGUUAUGGUGGUUACAGAUCGUCCAUGUCGAGGUCAUCCUACGGAAGAUACGAACGACCAAGUCCCCCAAGAGGUUACGGAGGAUACGCCCCAGCACCUGCCCCAGUUUACAAGGUACCGCCCCCACCCUCUUACUACAAACCCUCUUACAGUGCCCCCUCAUACUCCGCCCCUGUUUACAAACCAGCCCCCGCCUACAAACCCGCCCCUAGCUACAGUGCUCCUGCUCCAGCAUAUUCCGCCCCACAACCAGCCUAUAAACCAGCCCCUGCUCCCGCCUACCCAGAACCCUCAUAUCAACCAGCCCCCGCCCCUCAACCCUCCUAUCAACCAGCCCCAGCUCCACAACCCUCUUAUCAACCAGCCCCAGCCCCUCAGCCAUCUUACCAACCAGCCCCAGCUCCGCAACCCUCUUAUCAGCCAGCCCCAGCUCCGCAACCCACUUAUCAACCAGCUCCAGCCCCAGCCUACGCCCCUAAACCACACAGCCCGCCCCCAGCUCCAGCCUACGCCCCUCCUCCAACGUACGGGCCAGCCCCCAAGCCACACGGUUAUCCUUCUCCAGUCGGGUACAGGGAAGCCGAAGAAGCGAAGAUGACGCAGUCUUCCCAUGUUCCAAGUCAAGAGGAAAAGGAGAAACACACGGUGGAGGCGAUGACUCAAAUGACUGAAGCGCGAAAUAUGGCUUUGGAAGGUAAAGUGAAGAUGCCUAACCCAGGUUGGAACAUCAACGAGGAGGGUGACAACAAAUCCAAUAUGGCCGAAGAAAUGAGAGCUGCGGAAGACACGAACGAAAACAAAGUUUAAUAUUUUGAAGUGACUCAUUUAUUGUAAUUUUGUAACUUUGUACUUGACCAAUACAAUAUUUAAUAAAAAAAAUAUUUGAAA